AUGUAUAAAAAACAAUUGGGUCCUAUCCGUACUGUCCUGAUUGAAGUACAAGAAACUGAUCUGGAAUCAUAUAUACUUGCUCUAGACAAUUCUUUUUAUGGACUAUCCAUAAAUAAACCAAGAAGGGUUAUAUAUAAAUAUGGUGAAAGGAAUAAAAUUAAGCACCCUUUUAAUAAAGCUCAUCAAAUGGCAGGAGGUGAUUUUGUGUCACGUUUUCUUAAACGCCGGCAGACAUUGUCAUUACGAAAACCAGAGGUUGUUUCAUUGACUAAACAAAACCUCCACCCAUAUUUUGAAAAUCUUAAAACAGUCUUAGAAAAAAUUAACAUUACGCCACACCGAAUAUUUAAUGUCGAUGAAUCUGGUUUAACAUGUGUUCAUAAACCAAUAAAGGGCAAGCGAGUUGUAGCUACCGCAACAAGUGGCAAAAGAGGUGUAACGACUACCGUUGUUUGUUGCAGUGCUACGGGCAGUUAUGUUCCACCAAUGAGGACUUUCAAAUGUAAAAGAAAAAGGCCAGAUAUAACAGAAGGUGCUCCAGUUGGAACACUAAAUGAAGUUUCUUAUAGCGGGUUGAUAAAUACAGAAUUGUUUAUGGCCUACCUUAAGAAUUUUGCUGAGCAUACUAAACCGACAAAAGAUGAUUGUGUCCUUUUAAUUUUAGAUGGGCACAGAAGCCAUACAAAAAAUAUUGCACUUAUAGAUUUUGCACGAGAUAAUGACAUUGAGUUUGUAUCCCUUCCACCACACACCUCGCAUAAAUUGCAGCUUCCUAAUUAG